CUCAGUGCUCAACCAAAUUAAAACACUAUCAGAGCUGGCAUAGAGAGAGAGACAGAAGGGAGGAGAGACCGAAAAUAGAAAACAGAUUUAAAUAUAAAAUAUUUAUGAGAACUAAAUAAAACACAGAGACCUGGAAAUUUCUGGAUUUACUGGAAGAAUUAUACAGGUUUCAUUCCAAACAAAUAUGGCGCUUCCAGACAACUCAAGCUGUUUCAGACAUGGGGAUGAUUUUCACUCAUUUCCAGAAAUCAUAGAACUCAAUGUUGGUGGGCAGGUUUAUAUCACUCGUUAUCCCACUUUAAUCAGUGUUCCUGGUUCACUUCUGUGGGAUAUGUUUUCUCAGAACAAUUCUCGACCCUUGGCCAGGGACAGCAAAGGACGUUAUUUCUUGGAUCGAGAUGGAUUUCUUUUUCGAUAUGUGUUAGACUAUAUGAGGGACCAACAACUGGUUCUUCCCGACCAUUUCCCUGAAAGGAGUAGAUUGCAAAGAGAAGCUGAAUACUUCAAACUUCCAGAAUUGGUCAAAAUAUUGGCACCAAAAGUAAGCAAGCAGAACUCAGUAGGAGAUGAUACAUUUCAAAGUGACUCUGAAGAACAGUCCCCUAAUGCUGAGGUCACCCGGAACUUGUCUUCUGUGAGUGCGGCUCUUGCUGUUGCAGCUAGUAACUCAUCUGCCAUACCUGACCUUCGCCGCUCUGGGUUUAUUACCAUUGGUUACCGAGGCUCGUAUACACUAGGCAGAGAUAGUCAAACCGAUGCCAAGUUCCGAAGGGUUGCAAGAAUCAUGGUUUGUGGCAAGACCUCAUUGGCCAAGGAAGUAUUUGGGGACACACUGAAUGAGAGCCGGGACCCAGACAGACCACCUGAAAGAUAUACAUCCAGGUACUACCUGAAGUUCACAUUUCUUGAACAGGCUUUUGAUAGGCUAGCUGAUGCUGGAUUUCAUAUGGUUGCCUGUAAUUCUACUGGAACCUGCGCCUUUGCUCAUGAGCAAACGGACGACAAGAUUUGGACAUCUUACACUGAAUACGUUUUCUACCGUGCUGCAAAUCUCACUAAGGAACAAAUAACACAGUCAGAAUUAUCUUCAGCUUUACCAGAGGAAUAUGUGAUGGAAGAAAUCAAUGAAUGUGACCCUGUCUCACUACAACAUUCAUUGGAAAGACACGAACCUGACAGCGGGAAUGAACUUUCCAGCUUUAGCUUGGACAGUCACGAUUCCGCUACGACGUCCACCGAUCAGCCAGUUGGUGAUAUUCAGUCUAAGGAAGAUGACAUUCCCGACAAUGAAGAUGACAAUGAAGAAAGCAUUCCUCGUCCUACUGUGCUUGAAUUGUCAGAGACCCCCAACACACUCAGUGAGGAACAAGUAGCAACCUCACCCCAAAAUACUGUGCAAGAGGUAAAAGAAAAUGGAAUACAAAGCUGUCCUGAAUCUUCGCAACCUAACGAGGAAAGAAAAGCAUUGGAGGUGGAAUUAGUUAAAUGCAUAGAGGAAUUUCGAAGGAUUAGAAUCCCAGUAGUGUUUCCAAACAAAAAGAGAAAUUGGCAGAACGAGCUGCUCCGAAAGUAUCAACUUUGAGUUAACAUUGAGUGAUUGCAAUACUGGAAGUACUCAAUGUCUUAGAGAAGAAUAUAACACAAGGAUUAUGCACAAACAAUGUUUUUCAAAUGAAGAAAAAUUACCUUGUGAUGGUAACAACAUUUUACUGAAUUACGAAUGGUCUUAACGCUAAGAAAAUUGCAAACAUAAAGAAUGCACCAAUAAGUAACAAUGGCCUUGACUUAA